GUUACGAGCGCUGAAAUUCGCACGCAGCGUAGAUUUCGGGUCGGAAGAUAGGUCAUCGUGAGUCGUCAGCGAAGACUAGGAACUUGCUGAGCCACAAUAGUCUUUCCAGCGCAACGUUUCGCAGAAUACCGUCGCAAGCGAAGACCGUCUCCCAGCAAAGAACGUCUCUAUUCUUGGCACCGUUCCCGACUCGGAGUGAAAUCGCCCAAUCGUGAACAUUUUCCCGCGGCUACUAGCCCCGCCUUCGCCCAGAAAAACAGCAACGGAAGGAGAUUGACCCAGAAGCAGCAGGGGAUUCGAGGCGUCUCACAACAUCUCCAACCAUCUCCAACCAUCUCCAACCAUCUCAAACCAUCUCAAACCAUCUCAGACCGCAUCAGACCGCCUCAGGCCAUCUCUGACAGUAUGGGGUACGACGAGGAGCUCGGGGGCGCGGCGGCACCGGCGGGGGCGGACGCAACAAUGGCGGACGUGGAGUCCCCGACGGCGGCCAAGGCGAAGUUCAUUGAGGCGUCCGCAGCAGACCUAACGAAAGCGCAGCUGAAGGCGGAUGCCAGCAGGGACAAGGGUGCGAGGAAGAGCGGAGGGAAGGGCGCGAGCGCGCGGCGGCGAAACUGCGGGUGGUGCGACGUAGCGGCGUGGACGGGGCUCUUUGUAUCGCUGGCGCUCGUUGGAUUCGGCGUGGCUAUUCUCAUCCUCGCUCUCACGUUCAGCACCGAGGACCCCAAGUUUGAAAUCCUCAAGGUGGAUCUGACACAGCUGGACCUUGGGACGUCCGGCAACCUUCUGUUUGACUUCAACAACUUCAAGAUAAAGGCGAACGGGAUGGCGGACGUGAAGGCGCUGGUGGUUAACCCUAACAACCACGAGGUCAUUGUGGAGAUGCUCAAUGUCAACCUGAAGCUCUUCAAUGUCAACAUCGCCAACACCUCGGUGCCGGGUUUCGAGCUGUCCAAGAAGGGAAACACUACACUGAGCAUUCCGUUUCCCAUAAAGAAUCUUCCACUUCUUGCUACGGGCAACAAGGACAACCUCAUUACAACCUCGCUCCGAAAGGGUCAAGUGGAUGUCAAGCUCAAUAUAAACUCCAGAGGCAAGGUGAAGAUUAUGGGAAUGACAACACCAUCAUACAAUCUCCUUAUUGCGUGCAAUAUCACUGUCGACCCAUUUGGAGGGAACCAACUCUUUCGGCAAAAGUGCUUUAAGACAAGGUCGAAAGCCUAACGAUAGAAAGACCAACUUCGUUUGCAUGAGCAUGUCAUGUGCGUUGAAGUUUAGUGCCUAUAUUUAAUGCGUGAAUAUCAAUUAGUAUGGACAAAUCACAUUGGGUAGCUUGUAUGAUGGUUCUUACAAGAUAUAUACAAGCGGU